AGAACUUCUCAGAACCCCUGUUGUCAUGCCAACCAGAAACUUUUGGGUGAUAACACUACCAGCCAAUCACAAUAGAUAAUUGACCAAGAGGUUAUCAGUUAAUAACUUUACACACUGGAAUUCUGUAACAGCUCUAUCAGUUCUGGAACACCGACUGGCUUCAAACACAAUAGAACAACAGAGCAGCACACAAACAGCCACUGCUAUUCGAAAUAUAACAGAGGCAAACAUUCAAAACAAAGACCGGGGCAGCGAAUGGACUGAACCGAACAGCGAUGCCGCCGACGCCGGGCCGCAGCCUGUGGCGGAGGCUGAAGCAGGCGCAGGUGGCGGCCGGCUGGAGAGCGCUGCGCACCUGGCUCCGGGACUGGAUGUCCAGGGCCAAGCAACGGCGAGGCCCAGCGGCCAGCAAACGGCGUCGGCAGCGCCUCCGGGACUGUGUGGAAGCGGCCUGCCCCUGCUGCUUCCGGCGGCUCCCCCCUGACCUCUCGGCCCCGGAAGUGGAGAAACGGCGGCCGCAGGAGGCCCGUAUACAGGAAGAUGACAUCACUCGGGAGUGCCUCCGCAGCCUGGGGGGGUUCUUCUUCGGCCUUUUCUUCACCAGCAUCUACGGUUUCUUUGUCCUCUUCGUCCAGGAGUACAACCUGUGGUACUGCCUUCUCUCUACCAUCACCACUGGCAUUUUGUUAGGGCUUGGCAUGGGGCUGUCGGCUAAAAUCCGGAUCAACGUCUUCCUCAUGGUACCCCACCUCUUCUCCAAACAGGGGCGUGUGUUCCUGCUUGCCGUGGCAUUUGGUCUGGUGUUGGAAGGGCCCCUGAUGAACAUCAUCAUCAACUUCACUCGGGGAUCGGACACCAUCGCCUGCGGGGCGGAGCUGGCCAUGAACCAGACCCGGGAGCUCAUGCAGAAGGUGAAGGAACCAUUGGUCGCUGCUCUGGAGAAGAUCAAGGCCAUUGCCACUGCUGCCAAGGGCGUUGGAGACCGAGUGCGAAAGCUCUUCAAGACAAUGAAGAACGCAAUCAGGCACAUAGUGCGGAUCCUGCGGAACGUCACCCGCUGGCUGGCCCAGAUGGGGCAGACCUGUAACAAGGAGCUGGGCGAGCCCUACCAGAAGUGCAUCAAGGUCUACGACGACGCCAUCGUCCACUGCCUCUCCCUGCUCGGAAUAGUUGGCUUCCUGUGCCACAUUGUCACUAUUCUGAAGCCCCUGUGCGGAGCGUUCACAGUUAUCCAGGUCUUCUGUGUAAUCCCACAAAAUAUCCAGAUGCUGCUGAAACAGUGGAUUGCAGAACCCAUCGCAGACGCCCUGGAUAGACUAGCCCAAGAGUUUGAGUUCACCAUCUCAAUAGACCACCACUUCCACAUCCACGGCAACCAGUCACGAACCCUGUCACACUUGGCGAUGGACAUCAUGGAGGAGAUCUGGCAGCGUGUCGGAGUGGUCUACGAGUCCCUUGGCCUUCUCGGCUACAUCUCCACCGUGAUGAUGCUCUUCCUCUAUAUCCAGGCUCUGCUGUAUCGGAAGAAUUACCUGUUCAGGGACGACUAUGACAACUGUUACAUCACCAACCAGUUCCUGGAGAUCGAUGUCAUGCGCGCCAAGACUGGGAAGAACACUCUCCUACCCCUCAGUUACCAGGAAGCCUGCAGAUACGUUUGGCCCUGUUCUCUCUACUUGACUGUGGCCGAGAGAAAGCAAUACAUCCUUGGCCUAGCCAGACUCCUGCGUCAUUUUAUAACCGUCCUCUUCAUCAUCCUCCUGGAUUACAGCGUCUACUGGGUGCUGGACAUGGUCAGUUACCACCUACGGGCGGAGAUCACCGCACGAUCCCCCGUGGUAAUGGGAAUGUCCGUCAGCGGAACAGGAUACACUUCGGACAUUUAUCGGGACAUGGCGGGCGCCUUUGACGAGGUGCAGAGCGGGAAUAUCACGGUGCUUUCCCAGAAGUGCGCUGUCGUCCCCUCUCCUCCCAACUUCAAGAUCUACAAGUUGAUCGGAGGCCUGUACGGGGUGGUGUUUUUCAUCGUGCUAUUCGGCUGCUACGUUUCGAGGCUUCGGCGGUACAUCUGCUCCGUCUACUACCCAUCGCGGGAGCGGAUACGCAUCUGCUACCUGUACAACCAGAUCCAGACCAAGCGAUCCUCUCUGAUGAAUGAACUCUUCAGAUGCGUGCAGAGAAACUCCACCGAUGGCGGCCACACCAGCAUCCUCCUCGUCCUGGCAGCACGGUACAAGUUUUUUGCGUGGAUCGCCGCCCUCACGGGAACCUACGAGGAGUACUGCCUGGCGUGCGGCCGGGUGAUGGAGGGAGAGGAAAGUGAGAUGUUUGUUCCCUGCAUAACUCCUGGGUGUAAAGGCAUUUACUGCACGGAGUGCUACCAGAAAAUGAACAAUAUCUGCUCGGUGUGUAUGGGACCCCUCGCCUACCAGGGAGACAUCGAUGAGGAGGUAGAAGACGCAGGGGCUUGAAAGCACAGACGACCACUGCUGUCAGACCCCUGAACCGACCGGUUCUCUCACAUCCCCUUCCUGGUGGGGCUGCCACGUUCUCAGACCCUUAUCCGCCGUUGCUGCUUUAUGACACCCCACUGCGCGCCGGCUGAGACUGCACUCUGCGCCUUUAUUAGGAUCGAUGUUUAUUGAUGAGCUUCACGCAAGCGAGGAGUUUCAUUGCACCACAAUAAACUGGUCAGAAUGGGGUUCAUUAUCACCGACAUGCUGUGUGUUGUGAACAUUGUUGUGAUGUAGCAGAGGGACAGUGUAAAACAUAACAAUUACUUUAAGUUACAGGCUGAAAUACAAUACAACACCCUGAUUAAGGUUUUUACUGCUAUACUGUAGGUAUUU